AUGCGCUCGGAGGCGGCGCAGCAGCUGGGCGGCCUGGAGAGGUUCGCCAGCGCCGGCAAGGGCCGGGGGCUGCGGGCGCGGCGGCGCUUCGCCGUGGGGGAGCUGCUGUUCAGCUGCCCGGCCUAUGUCGCCGUGCUGACCGUCAGCGAGCGCGGCGGCCACUGCGACGGCUGCUUCGCCAGGAAAGAAGGAUUGUCCAAGUGUGGAAGAUGCAAACAGGCCUUUUACUGCAAUGUGGAAUGUCAGAAAGAAGACUGGCCAAUGCACAAGCUGGAAUGUGCCUCCAUGUGCGCUUUUGGGCAGAACUGGAAUCCCUCAGAGACUGUGAGGCUAACAGCAAGGAUUCUUGCCAAACAGAAAACUCACCCAGAAAGAACGCAGUCAGAGAGGCUGUUUGCUGUAAAGGAGUUUGAAUCACACCUUGACAAACUAGACAAUGAAAAGAGAGAGCUGAUUCAGAACGACAUUGCUGCUCUUCAUCACUUUUACUCAAAGCACUUGGACUACCCUGACAAUGCUGCUCUUGUAGUUCUCUUUGCACAAGUUAACUGUAAUGGCUUCACAAUUGAAGAUGAAGAACUCUCCCAUUUGGGAUCAGCCAUAUUUCCCGAUGUUGCAUUGAUGAACCAUAGCUGUUGCCCAAAUGUGAUUGUGACUUACAAGGGAACCUUGGCUGAAGUCAGAGCUGUUAGAGAGAUUGAGCCUGGAGAUGAGAUUUUCAGCAGCUAUAUUGACCUGCUGUAUCCCACGGAAGACAGAAAUGACCGGUUAAGAGACUCCUAUUUCUUUAGUUGUGAUUGCAGGGAGUGCACUACAAAAGAAAAGGAUAAAGAGAAACUGGAAAUCUGCAAGCUGAAUGAUCCUCCGUCAGCAGAGACAGUAAAAGACAUGAUCAAAUAUGCCAGGAACGUGAUUGAGGAAUUCAGGCGAGCCAAACACUACAAAUCCCCUAGUGAAUUACUGGAGAUCUGUGAACUCAGCCUGGACAAGAUGGGUGCAGUGUUUGAAGACAGUAAUGUUUAUAUGUUACAUAUGAUGUACCAGGCCAUGGGUGUCUGUCUCUACGUGCAGGAUUGGGAAGGUGCGCUGUGUUAUGGGCAAAAAAUUAUCAGACCCUACAGUAAACAUUAUCCUUCCUACUCGCUGAAUGUUGCCUCCAUGUGGCUGAAAUUAGGGAGACUGUACAUGGCACUGAAGAACAGGACGGCUGGAGUUAAAGCCCUGAAGAGGGCAAUUGCUAUCAUGGAAGUAGCACAUGGGAAAGAUCAUCCAUACAUUUCAGAGAUCAAAAAGGAAUUAGAGGACCACUGAGCCUUUGAAUCUAUGCAAUCCUUCAAACCUUUAUUUAAAAAGCCUUGUUAUGGAAACCUUCAGGAGCGCUUUGAAAAGCGGUAGAGUAUGAACACAGUUCUGUCCUAUAAUUGGAAUGACAAACACACUUAGGCCUAGCUUCCACACAUCUACAAUUGCCUUUUUUUUUUCUUUUUUUUUUUUAAGGAAGCAUCCAUGGUUUCUUAAAGGUUAUGCCUUUUGCUGGCUCAUGUGCAAAAAUGGCCAUUUUUUUCUUUAGGGAUGUUGGUGUGGAUCUUAUUUGUAUGAAGUAAAUAAAACGGUCUUGGUCACUCUUGA